CUUCAAGGUUGGCUGACUGGAUUCUAGAUAAAUAAGGAACUUGGAUCCCGUUGAAGAAGUUCUGCUUACUCUCAUCACCUCUAACUCGCAGUAAAAGUAAUUAUACUAUCGCAGUCCGUCAUUAUAACAAGCUUCAUACAGCUUUAUACCGUCUUUCAGCAACCACCCAAAACAACAUUCCAAAAAUGCAGCACAUCGGAAGCCUUCUUUUGGCCUUUGCCACCCUCACCGCCGCUGUCCCAGGACUUGCCCCGGCUAGUGUGAGGUCUGCGAAGUCUUCUCACGUUCGCCGCGCCGACACCAGCUCUUUCCAAAUCUACGCCUAUGGUACUGGAAUUGGUGGCUUGGCACUGUUCACUGCUGGAGGCGAUGCCUACUUCGGAGACUACACCCAGUUCAACGACUCCAAUGCCGCCCCGGUGAUCUUCACCCCUGAAGAGGAUGAUACCGAGACAUGGCUCGGGGCCCCCAACACCACCGCUGUCACCACCGCGCCUACUUGGUCUAACCUGACCUUCACUAUCCCAACCGCCGACUCUGGCGUGCACAACGUCGCUUUCCUCAACAGCAGCGACUCUACGACCGGCCGUAAGACCAGCGGCUUCAGCUUUUACGGAAACUUUGUCCUUGUCGAGGCUGAGGAUGGUAGCUUCGAGUCUUGGUGGUAUGCUACUGCCACUGAUAUCGAUGGCAUUUACAACCUGAAAUGGAACGAGACCGGCGAUGACACUGAUGACAAAAUCAUUCUAAACCUCAGAAGGACUGCUCCUUCCAACUAAGUUAUCGGCUAUCUUUAAAUUCUGUAUGUAGCUGGCACGAGUCAGCCGGGUGAUCUGUUGCGUUUUAGUAGAUUUUGGCUCUGAUCGCGAUUACGAUCAUCUCACGGAGUUAGAGAGGACUUGGUCAAGAAGCGGCGCAAAAAGCUGGAUUGCUCAGGAUGGUGCAAAUAGACUUCUUGUUUC